CUUCUGGAUGUUUCCCUCCAUGUGGUUUUCAGGCUUCUGGUUAUGUCUACAACUGUAUCACCUGUCAGUAUGACUCCUGUGAGUUCCCACUUGACUGUCCAACAAGGAACACCACAGUCAUGGAGAACAACCGGACACAGAUGAGGUGUGACGUCCCCUUUCCCCUGCCUUAUGAAAUGAAAGUGGUCUGGAGGUUUGCAGAGGAGAUCAGGACCCAGCAGGUGGAUCGGUUUAAGGAGGUGACAGUAGGGAUAGACAGGCUCUACUCUAUCCCCUCAGCUGGUCUGCGACACCAGGGUACAUACCAGUGUGAGAUCUACUCUGACCAGCGCUCCUUAGUCAGACUCUACUACCACCUCAUAGUCAUCCCCCAGGUGGUUGUAGGCCACAGUGAGCUGCAGGAGAUAUUUGAUCUGGCACUGCUUCCGGGGGGCCAAAUUGUCCCUGUGCCUGGUGGAUGGUCCCUUGCCCUCCUCCGUCUCCCCCCUCCCUCUCUCCUCACGGCCUGUCUGACUUCUCUGCUGCUGCUGCUCUUCCUCUCCCUGGGGAUUCUGCACUGGUGGUCGAUAAAGAAGGAGAAGAGUGAUGUGGAGCAAGCUGAAGACGAUCCACAUUCAAGGGGCCCAGUGCGGGAGAUAUAUCUACUGCAAUAAAAAACGUCCAAUGGCGCUCAUCCAUUCCCUUCUGUGACGGUGAAGAAUAUCUGGGUUUGGUCAGAGCAAUCGGUCUUUAGCUGGUUUCACCACUAGAGGGCGAUAAGCAC